AUGGUUAGUUAUAUGUUCGUGAGUACAUGUGCGGCUGCGGUGUUCCUCUCUCUGCCCUGUUGCUCCUACCGUGAGGCUUACAACAUUACCGCCAUUCUGGCCAAGUACAAGGAGUUCUCUACCUUCAACCACUACUUAUCACUCACCCACCUAGCCGCCCACAUCAACAACUGCAACACAAUCAUUGUCUGCGCCGUCGAUGAUGCCGCUAUGGCAGAUCUGCUCGCCAAGCACCACUCAAUCUACUUCCAUGUGCUCUUGGACUACUAUGGUGCAAAUAAGCUCCACCAACUCACCAAUGACACUGCAGUCACUGCCACUAUGUUCCAAGCCACCGGGUUCGCUCCGGGUGCUGCCGGAUUCGUCAAUAUUGCAGAUCUAAAAGGCGGAAAGGUCAGAUUCAGCCCUCACGACAAUGGAGGAGGACUCCCUGCAACUUUCGUCAAGGCCGUUGAAGAGAUUCCUUACAACAUUUCCAUCAUUCAUAUCAAUAGUGUACUGCCAUCGGCGGUAGCUGAAGCGCCGGCCCUGAGCCAAGCAAGGCAAACAUCACUAAGCUAA